AUGCAGAAAAAGGGGUUAGGGCCAGGAGUCAAACCAGUGACCUCUAAGGUAAGGGCUGUGACCCCUGUAGAUAGGACAUCAGAUUUUUUUAGAUGUUUUGGGCAAAACUAGUGCCCCAGGUAAUAGAUUAAAGUAAGUGGUUGUCCUUCACAUGCUUCAUUUAUUAAUUUUUGUUUGUUCAGUUUGGUUUAUUCUCCUUUCAUUACGUUUUAAGUUGCAGCAGGAAGCUGAUCUCAUUGGAGAGGUGUAGGACAUCCAGCAAAUACAUCAGGUGGCCACAAAGACAACUUGUCUGCUGGAUGUUUAAACAGGGUUUUUAUUCCCCAUAAUUGUUUUAUCAAUUAAUGAUAUGUCUCUUUACGCUAAAAGCAUCAUCUGUGCACUUACAUGGCCAAACAAAAUUGAAAGCAGGUUUUGGUAACUGAGAUUUUUAGUUGUAAGAUUUUAAAAAUAAAUAAAGAAAAGCAAUUUUUAAAAACCACCAUCUGCACCACUUUCUCCAGAAGCAGAGCUUGCUGAAUGAUGGACAACAUUAUGACAAGAUGAUUUGUGCGCUAAGUGUUUUCUUUUUUUUGGCAUUUUUCAGAAAAGCUUUUGAUUCCAGGACAAAGGUCAUGGACUCUUGAUGAAAAGAGAUUCAGUUCAAGAAAUUUUUAAAGUAAAUUAAAAAAAAAAGGAACAACUUUCAUUCACAACUUUUUUUGAUAUCUUUGCACUGUGUUUUUAAGUCUGUGCAUGAAGGUGUGUAUGUGUGUGGGUGUGUAUGUGUGAGUGAGUGCCUGUAAGUGUGUGUUGGCUGAAGGAGAAAAACUCAUUUGCUUGUCCAUUUACUCGGCUUCCCUUUGCAGCACAAUGCAGCGGCAGCCAUCGGACAAAGAGGCCUCACUGUGGGAUUCAAAUGAAGGAGGGAGGACGAGGAGGAGGAGGGGGCAGCGCUAAAAAGGAUGAAGGGGUUGAUGGUGGGCUAUGGAGUUGAGUUUGGAGGGAGGAAAGGAUUGAAUGAGUUGUACAAGAAGAAGAGGGGGAGGAGGUGAUAGAUGAUGAAGGGGACAAAAGAGGGAGGGAGGUGACUGGUCACAAAAUUAGCCCCGACCCAAAUUGAGGGGCAGCAUUGCCCUUCAGCCCGCUGUGACGCUGUCCAGCCUCCCAUCAAAACAGUCACACAAUACUGAGGAAGACUCGGCUCAUAGCCAGCCACCACAGUGUGUGUUUUAUGUGUUUGCUUCAAGGUGACACACUAGGUAAUGUCCUCACCCUGGACUUCAGUGGAGUUUGGUUUAUCAGUUAAUAAAUGUCCAGUUUAAAAUCAGGGAAGAACACUUUGGUGCUUGUCCUGCGCUGACACAUCUGUCGUUUGUGGGUUUUAAGAGGUUGUUGGUACAUGCAGAUGUAUUCAAAUUGGAGCGGAAGCUUGGUGAAGACAGGGAAAUGAGCAGCAGGUGAGCUGUGGUCAAAAGCCAACCUGUGGUUUCAGAGAGUAUGAAUAAAAAAUAAAGAAAACAGAGAAGGAAAAGUGAGAGAUUUCAACUGAGGUGUACUCAGAUAUUUUACUGUGGUAUCAGGAAAUGCAGUGUUAAAAUACUUAAUUGCAAGAAAACUGAGAAAGUAUGAUCAUGUGAAUGAACUACAAGUAGGACAAUUUACAGGGCUCUUCUGCAUUUUAUUUGACUGGAUUAUAAUUCCUGAGGUGCAUUUCUGAAAAGCUGCAGGUCUCAACUAUAUUGCUGCUGCUGAAUGUAUAUCCACUGGUCAAGACUGACUUUAUCUUCAUUACAAAAUUCAAAAUUUACUCAUUAUUUUUACUGUAUGGUGCAAAAGCAAAUUGAAAAUGUAUAAAACAAUUUCUAAAAAUUGACACUGAAGUACAGUUGUUCAGCACUUGUGUAAAUAUAUUAGUUACCUCUAAUCACUUGGUGUUUAGCUCUUUCUGUGUUAAAUUUCUUUUCUGAAUUAAUCUCUUGACCUUUGUGUCUGUGGCUUUAUCAUAUUUUCGAUAAACAAUUUUGGAGCACAUAAAAAAAACCCUCAGUGGUCAGUUUAUAAUUAAGUGGUUGUGCUUCAUACUCAUUCAUAGUCAAAUGGCUCCCUCUAGUGUUUAUAAAGAAAACUACCCUCUAUACUCGCGUGUGUGAUAGUACUGUAGACAACAACAAAAUAUCAAAAACUGAUCAAUAAUCUAUUGCAAUCUAUCUAGUAAUCAAUCUAUUCGUUGAGGCCCGAACCUCAGUUUUAUCAAAAUCACGUUUGUAUAUUAUUACCUGAAUUUUGGGAAGAAGCCACAUCAGAGAUAUUUUGUCCCCAUAAUGUUAUUUGCGGUCCUACAAGGUUAAUGUUUUUAGCUCAGUGUGCCCAGACUGUAUGAACGCACGUGCUGACGUUAAACGAAAUUACCCUGGUUGCCAAGGUGCCCCUGAAAGUGCAUCAUUUAAACCGAACAUUCGAACAUAAACAAAAUCUCAGUCGGCCAGAAAGUAUUUUUCGUGAGUUUCACUCGACGAUUUUGACCGAAAUCUACCCUAAAACUCCGGAUUUGUUCCACUAUGAAAGGAUUAAAGACUUCUGAAAGUGACCAGAGCAAAGAAAUUCAACUUCUGUCAUGGAAAAUGUAAGAUAUGAACUUUGUUCAGCGGAAUUCUUGCUUUAGCUGUAGGCUUUUUCGACAGAUCAUUGUAAGGUUAUCUAUCGUUAUUAUCAGAAAAGAAUAAUGUUUUUAGAGAAUAAACUUGCACGAUGUUAUCUUUAACACAUCAAAUAUUUAAAUUGCCCAAAUAAUUUCCCUCAGACGAGAUAUGAACUAUCAGAUAAGUCAGGAGAGUGAAAACACAAGUAAAGCUAACUGAGCUAAACUUAAAAACAAAAUCUCCUGUUUAAUAGUAAAAACUAAACAUUAAAUGAUCUUUUUAUUAAACUCCUGGCUUGUUCAUAUUUACUGACGUUCGAAAUUAUCGAUAAAACUUCAAGUAUCUCCAGAAAACAGGCUGUUUGAAGGCUCCAUAUUCAAAUGUUGGCUUACACAAGUGAUGGGGUGUAUUUAUAAAGGAUUAAUUCAUUGGAAAAAAAGGAAUCAGAACUGUCAAUCAUAAUUAUAUUUCCAAAUUUAUCUCCCUCUUUAACUGGCACAAAGUUUUGAUAGCAACUACUACAAAUCUGCCAUUUGAAAUUUGGAUUUACAUUAUGCAAUCUAAUGUGAUCAUCAUUUCAACACCGUUUGAAAAAAGUUGACAUUUUGUAAAAAAUUAUAUAUUUUAAAUGUCUUUAUGCUUCCUCUGCCUCACUGUGAGUCUUUACAGCUUUCAGAAGGUCUUGUAGUGUAUUUAGCAUGAUAUCAAACACAAGUUUGUGUCUUGAUUUAGACAUCCCGAAAAAGUUAGGUUCAUUGAGAUGGUUGAUGUAAUUUGGUCGAAGAGCAUCCCCAUUUCCAUUUUGUGUUUAUUUAUUUUUCGGUUAGUGAAUAUUUAUAAACUCAUUCCUUUAUUGAGUUCACUGCAGUCAGUCAGCAGCUUAUACUGAUCCAAAUGAACCACUGAGGAUGAGCUUGAAGGACUAAAGAGCCAUUUAUGCUGGAGAAAACAGUCAUUUUCCAGCUGUUUGAAUUUUUGCAACUGGGAUUUGAGAUUAUUAAGUGUCCUUUUUGAUUUACUGGAGCUAAAAUUCUAAAAUAAUUGUGUUUUUUGUUUGGCAGUUUGAUGUUCCUCAUCGCCCUCAGGGUCAUGAUUACUGCCAGGCGAGGAGAGUCUAAGUACGUCUGGCAAAGAGAAAGUCCAGAGCUUUCAAUCCCUGUUCAUGCUGUGGAAGUGACCAGGUAACACAUUUGAUGUUAAUAAUCAGAGAAAAAGUCCCAACAGUGUGUGAAACUCUUAAAAACCAGAUCAUUAGAGAGCUAUACAAACCCACAACACAAAGUGGACUAUAUUUUCAAUACUGUACAGGCUCUUUUUAUUCCUCAAUCCAUCUACAUUUUCCCCAAAAUCCAAUCUCAAACAUCUUGUCAUCAAGUCUCAGCUACAUCUUCAGACUUUGUAUAAAGUUGUCAAAGAAGUUUUCAUACAAACAGCAGAUUUCAUAAUCAAGUCAACAAGUAUUUAUCCAAUCAACUAGCAGAAAAAAGCUGAUUUUUGUACCUCAACUGAGAAUUCAGAUGCUUUAUUCUACUUGUAACCUGCACUGGGUUGUACCAGCUGUGCAUAAGUUGAAACUUAGGCCCGGACUACACAUAUAUAGAUAUUUAUUUAUCAGGAUAUUUUUGUACUCCCGUCUAAAUAAAGACUUUUUGGACUCCCGUCCACAUGUGUCAGUUCUCAAAAAUAUCUGUGUCCACACGUAGCCUUCAAAUUCAAUCCUAUCUGGUACCCUGUGUGUCCACCAUCGUUGUUGUUGUUUUUCUUUUUAAUCCGCACGCACGAGCUGCGGACAUAAAUAUGUGCGGUUUGAAAUAUAUCUGCAUUUGUGUAGUUGGGGCCUUUGUCUAGUUUGACACUAAUUCUGAUAAAGGAUAGAGUUGAAGACUGGAGUCUGACAUUUUCUUGUGUGUUGAAAUUUUUUCCCAGGGUUCAGAGCACCAUCAUGCAGCUCCUGCUGCCAGACAGAAGAGAAAGCGUGCCCCUGCGGCACGUCCUUCUGCUGAAAAUCAUCCUGCAGAGCUGACCCAGAAUCCUGCUCCUCAGCACUCCACCAGUGAUGCUGUUGCUCCUCCUCUGGUUCAAAGGCCUCAGUCCAUGAUUCCACCUACUGAGCUCCCUUCAGCUGUCCCUGGACGUCAGCCCUCCACAGCUCCAGUGCAGAACAAUGGUCCACUGAUGAUCCACCACUAUUCAGUGCAAGAGUACCAGCAGCUCUUCCACAGUGUGGUGGAUGACAUGCUUGGGUUUGUUUAUGUCAAAAAUCAGGAAUCUACCAUUAGCUUCAUCAUGACCUGAUGUUUUUCAAACUUCUGUGUCAUGAUUAACAAAAACAAUGAUCCAUUGGUACAGGACUGGCCGUCCUCGUCUGUACAGUCUACAUCUGGAAUUCAAGAAUCAAACGAACAAACAAAAAAUAAAAAACCUGGAAGGCUGUAGGCUGGAACCUACAGCCUCCUUCAGCCCAAACUCAAAUCUCUGCCAUCAACUGCAGCCACCUGCACUUGCUAAAAGCUAUUGCCAAUUUAUCUAAAUUUGACCACCAUCUGUUGCCUCCAGCUGCAGCCUCUGUGACUACUGUAGCUACCAGCCUCCAACUUUUUCGAACUUUUGUGUCAUGAUUAACAAAAACAAUGAUCCAUAGGUACAAGACCGGCCGUCCUCAUCUGGGACGAGUCUUAAAGCAGAAGCUGUGGGAGCGAUCUGACCGUCCAUCAUUUUCUGAGACUGCAGAUGAGAAUGGACUCGUUCAUGUGGGCGUCUCGUACGGGGUUGGAGUUUUUCCUCCCUUGUUUUAUGUGGACACCUCCCUGGAACCAAAACCUAAGGCUCCACCAUAA